UGGAUCCGUGAGCGUCGUUUGCAAUCCCUUGUUUUGUUGGCGGCCUCGAUGGCAGAGGUUUGAGACCUCACAUGCGCGAUGUUGAGCCCGUUGGGCCGGGAUGUGAACGGCAACCGAUGUGAACAGCAAUGCUGCCUCUGGGUGAUGCGUCUUGGCUGUGCCGGGCUUCUGCUGCUGCAGCCGCAGAAGGACCCUCGGGCGCCUCCUUACUGCCCAAGCUUUGACGACUUUUGGGCAGCCGUGCGGGUGCUGGCCGCGUGCUAUUUCCUCAUCGAUGUGGGCGGGUGCCUGCUGUGCGCUUGCAAGCCCAGCUGGCUCCGGCGCGUGGGGUGCCUGGGGCGGCCGGUGAGCCUAGUGGGCGUGUGUCUGGCCGUUGCGGGCCUAGUGCGCUACGGCAAGGCCCUUUCGCAGCACAUCCGAUGCGUGGGGACCUUUGGGGUGGUGACGCUGCUCUUCUGCUUCGUCUUCAUUUGCUCCACCUUGGUGUGGUGGGCUGCCAUCGAGUGCGACUGCUUCGGCCUGUCCGACUCGCCGAAAGCUGCGGCGAGCUCCUGGUGCGCGCUCUGCCGCUUCUGCUGCGAGCUCAGCCCCUGGACCCCAGCGCAGGACCGCGCCCGGAGCCCACGGAGCUCUUCACAGCGCAGCCCGGAGAAGGAGCGCCUCAGCUUCCGCGUGCUGGCACCCUCCGGGGCGCUGCUCUUCAGCUCGCGCUCGCGGCUGGCGGUGAGGCGCUGGGUGCGGAAGAACCUGCCGCGGGCGAAGCGCGCAGAGGUCACCUUGGAGGAGCGCAGGCGGGGCCGCAGCCGCGGCCGCGGCGGAGGCUCCUCCUCUUUGUCGGCGGACGCGGUGUGAGGCGGCGGUUUUAGCAUGGGGGCAAGCGCCUGCCGAGAAAAGAAGGACAAGCAUUGGGCACCCCCAUGAAUGAGUCA